AUGUUUCACUCAUCACUUGUCUCUUCUCAUAGGGUUCAUAUCGGAGAGAAACCAUAUAAAUGUAAUGAAUGUGGGAAGAGUUUCUGCUGGAGCGUACACCUUACUCGACAUCAGAGAUUUCAUACUGAAAAGAAAUCUUAUAUAUGUAACUAUUGUGGGAAAGCCUUCUUCAAGAGUCAAGUACUUAUUCAACAUCAAAGAAUUCACACUGGAGAGAAACCCUAUGAGUGUCAUGAAUGUGGGAAGACCUUCCGCCAAAGCAUACACCUUAUUCAGCAUCAGAGAAUUCACACUGGAGAGAAACCUUAUGAAUGCAACACAUGUGGAAAGACCUUCCGCCAUAAAACAGGACUUAUUGAACAUCAGAGAAUUCAUACUGGAGAGAAACCUUAUGAAUGUAGUGAGUGUGGGAAGGCCUUUAGUCAGAGCACACAACUUAAUGUACAUCAGAGAAGUCAUAAAAGAGAGAAACCAUAUAAGUGUAAUGACUGUGGAAAGACCUUUUGCCAGAGCAUACAACUUACUCAGCAUCAACGGAUUCAUACUGGGGAGAAACCUUAUAAAUGUAAUGAAUGUGGGAAGAACUUUACUCAGAAGUCUGGAUUUGCCUACCAUCUGAGAAUUCAUACUGGAGAGAAACCUUAUAAAUGUAAUGAAUGUGGAAAGACCUUCCGCCAAAGCAUACAUCUUAUUCAACAUCAGAGAAUUCACACCGGAGAGAAACCUUACGAAUGUGAUACAUGUGCCAAGACCUUCCGCCAUAAAACGGGACUUAUUGAACAUCAGAGAAUUCAUACUGGAGAGAAGCCAUAUGAAUGUAGUGAAUGUGGGAAGGGCUUCUGCCAGAGCAAACAACUUGUUCAACAUCAGAAAAUUCAUACUGGACAGAAACCUUAUCAGUGUCAUGAAGGUGGGAAGGCUUUUCAUCAGAAUAUACAACUCACUCAGCAUCAAAGUAUUCAUACUGGAGAGAAACCUUAUUAAUGUAAUGAAUGUGGGAAGACUUUUUACUAAAGAAUAUGAUUCACUAACAUCAAAGGAUUCCUACUAGAGAGAAACCUUAUUAAUGUAAUGAAUGUGGGAAGACUAUACCGGAGCAUACAACUUAACAUCAAAGGAUUCAUAGUGGAGAAAAACUUUAUAAAUGUAACAAAUGUGGGAAGGACUUUACUUGAAAGUCUAGAUUUGCCUAUCAUCCGAGAAUUCAUACUGGAGAGAAACCUUAUAAAUAUAAAGAAUGUGGGAAAACCUUUCUAAUCCUCAGCAUUAGAGGAUUCCCAAUGGAGAGAAAAGUCAUGAAUGUAGUUAAUGUGGAAGGUCUUCUGGGAGAUUACACAACUACACAACUUAUUCAACAUCAGAAAAUUCACAUUGGAGAGAAACCCUAUGGAUGUAAUGCAUGUGUGAAGCUUUUUGCCAAAGUGUCCACCUUACACAACAUCAUAAAGUUCUAAAGAGAAACCUCACAAAUAUAAUGAAUGUGGGAAGAUCUUCCAUCAGAGAAAGGAACUUACUCAACAUCAAAGGAUUCCUACUGAAGGAGAACAUUAUAAAUGUAAAGAACAUGGGAAGGCUUUCCAUUGGAGAAAGGAACCUACUUGCUGUGAAACUAUUAACACUGGCAAGAAGACCUGUGAAUAUAAAGUCUUGUGAAGGUAAUAAACAUCAGAGAAUAACAGAAUCUCAGGGUUGGAAAGGAACUCGGGGAUUAUCCAACUGAUAACUGAAGAAGCCUCCCUUUUUCAGCAUGCUUGUCAAGUGCUCAUCUAGGCUUUCCUUGAAGACUUCCAGUGAGGGGGAACCUGCUACCUCAUGAGACAGCCCUUCCUACUUUUGGGUAGCUCUAAUUGUAUACCAGAUGGCAUUGUAUACUUUUAUAAAUAUAUGUCAUGUAUAUUUACAUUAUAAAUAUAUAAAGCUACUCAUAUAAAUAUGCCACAUAGUAUAUUUAUAUAAAGACAGGUUUUAAAAAAGGGUCUCUCUGAGUUUCAGAUGUAGAGUGGCCUUUCCAUGGCACCAGAAUCCCUUAUUUGUCCUUAUGUGUUUGCUAACACCCAAGUGCUAACCCAUCAAGGGAUGUGAUGAGAAAGAUCAGACUGCUGAGCUGGUUCUCUGACAAUGAACUCAAUUUCAUCUAAAAGUACCUUUCCAGGGUUGAGGGACAGCUAGGCGCUGCCACAGUGGAUGGAGUUCUGGGUCUGGAAUCAGGAAGACUUGAAUUCAAAUCCAUCUCAGACAUUUACUAGCUGUCUACUAGGAAGACCUAGGUCUUCCUAUAAAAUAGGGUAAUAACAGCAUCUUCCCCCCAGGGUUGUGUUGAGGAUUAGAUGAGAUCAGUGUAGAGAGCUCAGCAUAGCAUCUGAGACAUAGCAAGUGCUGACUAAGUGCUCGUUUGCUUGUUCCUCUGACCUUGCCAGAUCAGAUCCAUGAUGCUAGAAGCUCUCUAUCCAGUUAGUCCCCUCCUCAGAAAGAUUACCCAGCCCCACUGCCUAGAAAUAGAAAUACAAGCUCUCCCUCCUAGAUAUCCUCUGCUACUUUAAAAAAAAAUUACCUUCAGUGUUAUUUUGUGAUCUUCAGGCCAUGGUGCUCCCCAUGAUAUUGAACUUGAACCCCAUCCAGCUGUCAAUGUGAUGCAGUUGACAGGAUCAUCAAGACCCUCAGAAGGGUUCCUUCUUAUUGAUCAGAGACAAAGAGGAAAGAAAAAAAACCAGAAACUAUUGCCUAGGCGACCAUAGAUAUGCAAGAUAUCCCCAGUGUCUUAGUCCAGAUUUGAACAAUUAAAACUUCAUGAUGACUUCUUAUUUUUGAGGCAUUACUCACUGAAAGCCACAGGAAAGUUUCUGGGACCCCCAGUGACAGAGGAAGCAGUGGGGCUGGCUGUGCCCACCAUUCAACUUUAGUUUGGAUUCCAGGUAACUGAGGUAGCAGGAGUGGAGUUGGAGUAUGGGAUGGGAUGAAUCAAGGUGUUGGGGGCUGGUAAUAGAUCUCACUUUCUGUACCCUACAGCCUGAUUGUGAUGAGUAGGUGGAUGUUGAGGCCGUGGAGAGAAAUCUAUUCAUUUUUAGUAGUUUUUUCUUUCAAAAUUUGAGUCCCAGAUUCUCUCCCUACAGUCCCUCUCCACCCACUGAAUAGGCAAACAAUAUAGUAUCAAUUAUACAUGUAAAGUCAUGAAAAACAUUUUCAUACAAAGCUAUGUCACAAAAAUUAAAAGUGAAGAAAAAUAAAGUGAAAAAAGUGUGCUUUAACCUACA